GCCGGAAGUAGCGAGGAGAGGACUGUAAUGGCGUCUGCGACGGCCGUGGAGGUGCCGAUGGCCACCGCCGAGGAGGCGCCCUGCACGGCGGCCGAGGAGCUGGCCGCCCAGAAGCGCGAGCAGAGGCUGCGCAAGUUCCGGGAGCUGCAUCUGAAGCGGAAUGAAGCUCGUAAAUUAAACCACCAGGAAGUCGUGGAAGAAGAUAAAAGACUUAAAUUGCCUGCCAACUGGGAAGCCAAGAAAGCUCGUUUGGAAUGGGAACUGCAGGAGGAAGAAAAGAAAAAGGAAUGCGCAGCCCGAGGAGAAGAUUAUGAGAAAGCAAAGCUACUGGAGAUCAGUGCAGAAGACGCCGAGAGGUGGGAGAGAAAGAAGAAGAGGAAAAACCCUGACUUGGGAUUUUCAGAUUAUGCUGCUGCCCAGUUACGCCAGUAUCAUCGGCUGACCAAGCAGAUCAAACCUGACAUGGAAGCGUAUGAGCGACUGAGAGAAAAGCAUGGAGAAGACUUUUUCCCAACUUCCAACAGUCUUCUUCAUGGGACACAUGUGCCUUCCACAGAGGAAAUUGAUAGAAUGGUCCUAGAUCUGGAAAAACAAAUUGAAAAACGAGACAAAUACAGCCGGAGACGUCCUUAUAAUGAUGAUGCAGAUAUCGACUACAUCAAUGAAAGGAAUGCCAAGUUCAACAAGAAAGCGGAAAGAUUCUAUGGGAAAUACACAGCCGAGAUCAAGCAGAAUCUGGAAAGAGGAACAGCUGUGUAGUCUCUUCAGGAACUGUGUUCAGAAGUGGGAGAGUGGAGUGGAAGUUUUCUUCGUUUACGUGUCCCCUGAACGUUUUGAAAUAGACGUCGUGUUAGACAGGCACUUCUGCACAUGUCCACGUUUGUGUGCUUGGGUGUAAGACGCAUUUCUUGUAGUGAACUCGUUUCAUAAAAAUCUACUUUGUAUAAAUCCUAAUUCUUAUUUUUCUAUGUAUUUUAAGUGUGUAACUGUCUCAUCUUUGGAGCACUUUGGGCUUAGAUAGCAGCUACACAAAUGCUGUCCCUGCUGCUGAGCAUGUUGUCAUGAAUGUGAUGGGAGCUACAGCUGGGCUUGGAGGCAUGGAGGGUGGAGACUUGGGUGGAAGCUAAGGGCCGUAAGGAUGGCAGCCAUUCCUGGAGCUUUGGCAAUAGAAUGCCCACUGCUAUCUAUGUGCAGAGUCACAAAGGAUCCUCCUGUGAGUAGUAAACAUGCACAUCUCCCUUCCUAAAGAGCAAUAAAACGCCUUGGAAUAGAA